AUGCGGUUCUACCAGCUACUCGUCACGGCAUUGGUGCCGCUCAGUCUUGCGGCUCAUGACACGCCCAAGACCGUCCCACGGACUGAGCUGGAGCUCGUCGAGCUCCUGUCAAAGCACAAUCUCGCGCUCGUUCCUCGAUCGGAACUCACAGAUGCGCUGAAAGAGUUCAACGUGUUACUCAAAAGCAACCAGCUGCACCGGUCGCCAGUUUUGAUCAAGCGCCAAAAUAAUAGCACGACCAGCUCAGACUCCAGCGGACUUCUCUCAAUCCCUGGCCUAGACGAUCUUGGCAAUGCCAUCAGCGGUCUCAUCAGCACCCUGGGAGAUCUGCCGGGCCUGCUGAAAGCGCUCCAGGGCUUGCUCACAUCUGAGUUCCUUCAAGCGUUUCAUGAUGCCAUGGUCUACCUCGCUGCAACCUUGAAGCCGCCCGCUCCCGACCAGAUCAGGACGCUUCUCGACUUAGUAUCCAAAUUGAACCUCGAAGGUCUCGUCAAUGAGAUUUCAGACAUCGAUCUUCCAGGCAUCGUCAACAAAGUGCUAAAGCUUCUAACGGACGGAAACCUCAACAAUAUUGACACUUUACUGUCGAAUGGUGCCGCCCUUCUGACAUCGAGCUUUGUCAAUGAGACCCAGUCACUUAUCGGCAACGUUUCACCCUUGCUCACUGAGCUGUCACCCUUGAUCAAGAAGAUUGUAGGGCUUGACCUCAAUGGCAUUCUAGACGCCUUGGGUCCUUUACUAAAGAAGGAUGCGAUUGAAGGCGUUGUCGAGUUGGUUGACAGCGCGCAGUCCUUGCUCUCGCCCACCUUUGUCAACCAAACUCAGUCCCUUGUUGCCGAUGUAUCACCUCUGCUAGGCGACCUGAAGCCUUUGCUCCAAAAGCUUACAGACCUUGAUCUCAAUGGAGUCCUUGAUGCGUUAGAUCCGUUGCUCAAGAAAGACUCAAUCGAGGAUAUUGUUUCCUUGGUCAAGAACGCUGGAGCCCUACUAUCACCUCACUUUGUCAACCAAACACAAUCCCUCAUCGAGAACAUUGGCCCUAUUCUCGUUGACAUCUCACCACUCCUCAAAGAUCUUACGAAGCUUGACCUUGAGGGACUUUUGCAAGCACUUCAGCCACUACUUACCGAGGACUCGGUCAAAGGAAUUGUGAGCCUCGUGAAGAAUGCCGGCGAUCUCUUGACCGCGGAUUUCGUCGAUGAGAUUCAAAAACUCAUCAAAGAGAUUGCACCCGUACUCUCGGAUCUCUCUCCGUUCCUAAAAGAGCUCAUAAAAUUAAAUUUUGAAGAAAUCCUAACAGCAGUGAAGCCGCUUCUCACAGGGGACUCGAUUGACGGUAUUGUGAGCCUGCUGAACAACGCAGAGGACCUCUUGACGCCCAAAUUUGUCAACCAAACGCAAGCCCUCAUCGGUAGCUCUUCACCAUUGCUUGACAAGCUUUCUGGUGUUGACAUUGAGGGAGCAUUAGAUGCCUUGAGCCCUAUUCUCAACAAGGAGAAUAUACAGGGGCUCGUGGGGCUUUUGAAGAAUGCAGAGUCACUCUUGACGAAAGACAUUGUCGAGAGCAUCAAGUCGCUACUGUCAAGCGCUGCGCCAUUAAUCGAUAAGCUCUCUGACAUCGAUCUGACGGGAGUCCUCGAUGCCCUUGGGCCAAUUUUGACCAAGACUUCUAUUCAAGGCAUUGUUGGGCUCUUGGACAAUGCCGAGUCUUUGUUGACAAAGGAUGUGGUCAACAGCAUCAAGUCACUACUGACAAGCGCUUCUCCGUUGAUCAACAACCUUUCAGACAUCGACCUUCAGGGAGUGUUGAGCGCGCUGUCACCUCUCCUGACCAAGGAGUCUAUCAACGGUCUACUCAAGCUCCUGGAUAACGCCGAGUCGUUGCUAACAGAAGAUGUUGUCAAGAGCAUUAAGUCUCUCCUGAUAAAUGCAAGUCCGCUCAUCGCCAGCUUAGGCGGCCUCGACCUGCCAGGCGUUCUUGAGGCAUUAGCGCCACUCCUGACCAAAAACUCGAUCAAAGGUCUGGUAACGCUUCUUGGCAAUGCCCAAAAUCUCUUGAUGGCAGACUUUGUGUCUCAAGUCAAGUCCCUCAUUUCAAAGGCCGCCCCGCUUCUCGAAGGUCUCGAUAAGGCUGGCCUGCUGGGCUUGCUUGAUCAAGUUGGCCCACUAUUGAGUGAGAUCAGCAAAUUGGAUCUCGCCAGUUUGCUGAGCGCCGUGAGCCCGCUGCUUACCACGGAAUCAAUUACUGGCAUCAUUGGCCUUCUCGGCAAUGCUGAAGAUCUUCUCAACGAAAGUUUCGUUUCACAAACGAAGUCUCUAAUCUCAAAUGCCUCGCCACUUCUUGCCAGCCUGAGUGAUGCUGGCCUGGCCGAGCUGCUUGGCCAGGCUGGCCCGCUCCUCGAGGAGAUCAGCAAGUUGAAUCUCGCCAGUUUGCUGAGCGCCGUGAGCCCGCUGCUCACCGAGGAAUCAAUCAAUGGCAUCAUUGGCCUUCUCGGCAAUGCCGAGUCCCUUCUGAGUCAGACAUUUGUGUCUCAAGUGGGAGAGCUCAUUGGGGACGCGACACCUCUCGUCGCGACUGUUGCGGACCUUGUCCAUGCCGUGCUUAAGCAGUUGAUGGGUAGAACAUAA